CAGUAACUCUGCUGGAGCAAGCAGGGUUGCAGGACUUGUUUUUACGUCAGGUUCAGGAACAGCGAAUGGAAAGAGAACACCCCACCCACAUUUCCUCACUUUUUUCCUAAACUUUUUUCCUGCGGUCCCCCACACCCUUCUCCCCCCUUUUUUUCUUAAACACUUAAAACCGAACUUAAAUAUGGGAAGACCCCUUGUCCUUUUGGGUAACACGGAGUCAUGAUUCUCCUUUAAAUUCUUUCUUGUCUGGAUCUGCCACUGGCAUCAACAGCAGCACCGCUGCUGCUUCUUGAUGUUGUGAUCUGAAACACGCAUGCGCCCGGUAUUGGAAUUACUGCACUGGCGAGAACAACUUAGACCUCGUCAAGUCUUCACUAAAAGAAACCGAAAACCAUAUAAUUUUAAAAUUGCAGCCGUACGCGCAAGAGGGAUGAGGACGACGUGUGUCUUGCUGAUCUUCUUCAUGGCAGCUGUGAUGCGCGCUCAAAGUGCCAGUGUAAAUGACCCUAGCAAUAUGCCUUUGGUCAAAGAAACGGUGGACAGACUGUUAAAAGGUUAUGAUAUACGACUGAGGCCAGAUUUCGGAGGUCCUCCAGUUGGAGUGGGAAUGAAUAUAGACAUAGCCAGCAUAGACAUGGUGUCAGAAGUCAACAUGGACUACACAUUGACAAUGUACUUCCAGCAGGCCUGGCGAGACAAGCGGCUGUCCUACUCAGAGAUCCCCCUCAAYCUGACCUUAGAUARCCGGGUGGCUGACCAGCUCUGGGUCCCCGAUACCUACUUCCUCAAUGACAAGAAGUCGUUUGUUCAUGGUGUCACAGUGAAAAAUCGAAUGAUCCGACUGCAUCCGGAUGGCACCGUGUUGUAYGGCCUAAGAAUUACAACCACAGCUGCUUGUAUGAUGGACCUAAGAAGGUAUCCACUAGACGAGCAAAACUGCACUCUGGAAAUAGAGAGUUAUGGUUACACCACUGAUGACAUUGAAUUCUACUGGCGAGGAGGAGACAACGCUGUGACAGGGGUGGACAAGAUCGAACUGCCCCAGUUCUCUAUUGUGGAUCAUAAACUUAUCUCCAAGAAUGUUGUCUUCUCCACAGGUUCUUAUCCACGUCUUUCCCUGAGUUUCAAGCUAAAGAGGAAUAUUGGAUAUUUCAUCUUGCAAACAUACAUGCCUUCUAUACUUAUCACCAUUCUGUCCUGGGUCUCUUUCUGGAUCAACUACGAUGCCUCUGCAGCCAGAGUGRCUCUAGGUAUUACCACGGUGCUCACCAUGACAACCAUUAACACCCACCUGAGAGAAACCCUUCCCAAAAUUCCUUAUGUCAAGGCCAUAGACAUGUACCUCAUGGGCUGCUUUGUGUUUGUCUUCCUGGCUCUGCUGGAGUAUGCUCUGGUGAACUACAUCUUCUUUGGCCAGGGCCCUCAGCGUCAGAAAAAGGCUGCUGAGAAGACAGCAAUGGCAAACAAUGAAAAGAUGAGGAUGGAUCCAAAUAAGUGGCUUGUGGGAAACGUGGUUGGCAGAGAUGAUACUCUGUACGCAAGAAUGAAACAAAGAGACCUUGCAGGUCAUGAUUCAAUGUGGGAGCCAAUCUUUAUGGAUGACGCAGCAAUUGGGCUUGGAGAUCAAAAAAACAAGAUGGACACACAUGAAAACAUCCUCUUGGGCACUCUGGAUAUCAAGAAUGACAUGGGUGUUACAGAGCUGGCUCUGGGUCUCAAUGACCCGCGAAAUACCAUGUUAACAUAUGACAGCUCAAAUCUGCAAUAUCGCAAAUCAGGGCUGACAAGGCACAACUUUGGGCGAAAUGCACUGGAGCGCCACAUGACUCAAAAGAAAAGCCGACUUCGGAGGCGGGCCUCUCAGUUAAAAAUCACCAUCCCGGACUUGACUGAUGUAAACUCUAUCGACAAAUGGUCCCGAAUGAUCUUCCCAACUGUUUUUUCCUUCUUCAACAUUGUUUACUGGCUCUACUAUGUAAAUUAAAGACAAACAGGACAUGAGUGAAAUCAAGCACAUCACAGGUAAAUAAGAAUUUAACGUUUGUAUUUGAGUGACUUCAUAUUUAUGUUCUCUUGUAAAGCAGAUGGAUUUGCUGUAUUCGGGACUGGAUCCAUGAUUCUGGGAGCACAAUCUUUGCUGGCUAACACACGAAAACCUUAUGGAAAAGAGAUUACAUACUUAUAAGGUGCCUGUUCCUGAACAUUUGUUUAUACUGUUGUCUGUUUUCUUUUUAUUGAAUAUCUUAACAUCUCUUGGUCUGUUUGUUUUUAACCAUUAAGUCAAUAUUUAUUUAAAGUACACGUCAUUAACAAUGCUAGACAUAAACUUAUAAAAAAAACAAUUUCAAAAAUGUUUACUUUCACUGAGACUGCUUAAAAAUGAUGAAAAUGACAAAGUCUACAGGGUUAUCUCACAAUAAUCAUGUCAAAGACUAUAGGCUAUCACUGAUCUAAUUGCAUGAACUUGCUAAAAAAAUACUGUAAAAAUGCUUAAUGAAAAUAUAUUGUAUGAUAUAAAGUUAAMAUUUUUAUAACACCGUGAUUUUUAAAACUUUUUAUAAUGUAAUAAAUUGAUAGCACUACAAAACUGUAUUUUCCUGACAUUUUU